ACGUGUUGUUUAGGGUAGACCAAGGAGACAAAUUCAGACAAUAUACCAUGAGGAAUUGCCUUAAAUAACAAUAUUGUUGCACCAUUCAGAACUAACGUAUAUCAAUAGAAAUUAUAGUCAUGAAUACAUUUCUUUCGCGUUUAAACACGCUCUUUGCGUUCAGUAUAAGCGUUGUGGCCGCAGUGACAUUUGCUUGUUUUUUGACGACUCAUUUUCUGGAUUACACACAAGAUGUUGAAAUAGAAGUCAAAAAAGCAAUUGUAAAAAAUAUGGAAGAAUUCUAUGUUGGAGAGAAGCAUGAUCUUGGUCACAUUCGAUUUUCCCUCAAAGCCAACAUGACUCCAGUUUUUAACUGGAACUGCAAAGAACUUUUUCUCUAUUUGAUGGCUGAAUAUGAGACACCACGUAACAAAAUUAACCAAGUUGUGUUGUGGGACAAAAUCAUUAACCGUGGAGAAAAUGCAGUGCUUGAUCUAAAAAAAGUUCAUGCUAAAUAUUAUUUCUUUGAUGAUGGUUCUGAUUUAAGAGGAAAAAAUAUUACCCUCUCUUUGCACUGGAAUGUCAUUCCUAAUGCUGGAUACUUGUGGCGUGUGAAGGGCAGACAAGAUCUUGGGUACACACUUCCUGACAGCUAUGCUGGUUCUAGAGUAUAAUAUAGUCGUUUUUAUCUGUGUACUGUUAUUGGGAAUUUGCGUUUUACAGAUACAUAUCAUGCUGUAUUGCUAUGUGUAUCUUGAGCCUAAACAUAAAAUUGUUCUUUAUGUGUCUUCUGUCUUGGUUUGCGACAAUUUUUUUGUGCAAUACUAUGAAAUUUGAAUCCAACCAAACAAAAUGUCUUACUAAAGAGAAAAGUGCAUUGUUUGUAUUUUUUAUUUCAUUAUUGGUGUGUGGAUUUUGUGUUUAAAAGAUGGAUAGGAAAUAAACGUUGUUUAAUACA